GUCUCUAAUAUGAUAGACUAUCUAUCUAUCUAUCUAUCUAUCUAUCUAUCUAUCUAUCUAUCUGUCUAUCUGUCUAUGUGUCUGUCUGUCUGUCUGUCUGUCUGUCUGUCUAUCUAUCUAUCUAUCUAUGCGUCUGUCUGUCUGUCUAUCUAUCUAUCUGUCUGUAUCUAUCUAUAUAUCUAUCGGCCAUCUCUGUCCCGUGUGUGUGUGUGUGUGUGUGUGUGUGCGUGUGUCGUCACCACAGGGAGAGAUCUUUCAGCGGAACUAUAUCCAGCUGUUAAACUCCAUCAGUCCCGCAGCAGCCUCCGGACGCGCGCGCUGCUUUCUCACCUGCACCGUCCCAUCCGAUCCGGUCUCGCGGUUUCCGGUGCAUUAGCCGGAAACUUCCCCGGUAGGGAUGGACGGUGAAGCGGAGCUGCGCGCGGAGUUCACUGACGCCGCGACCGGGAGACUCAGAUUCACCGUGACCUUAACGGACAGCUGCCUCACGGUGCGAAAGAUCGGUGGUUCGCCCGUGUGGCAGCACGGACAUGAGCACGCGCUCGAGCUCGGCCUCGGUGACUGUGUGGGAUGCCGCGCGUGCCGGAGUGAGGACGAGGCGGACCCAGCGGCGUGUCUGUCCGCUUACUUCUACCCGGCGCGGCGCAGCUGGACCGGAGCUCCCGCCGGACGCCAAAGGGUCGAGCACCGAUUCCGGGUGGUCACCGGGGAGGACGCUCGUGCUAACUUGGAGGAGGCUGAGAGGUGGGCGCGCGCUGUCAGACACCGCGCCUUGCAGCACGUGCCUGCUCUCAGAGAAGGUAUCGAGCCGAGCCGAGUGUGUGUCAGCCGGCGUGUGAUGGUGCUGGUGAAUCCUCAGAGUGGACGAGGCCAGGCCAUGUCUCUCUACACUGGCCCUGUACUGAGCAUGCUCACUGAGGCAAACAUCUCUCACACACUCAUCACCACAGAGCAUCAGAACCAUGCGCGUGAGUUAGUAAGAAAUGCUGAUCUGUCACAGUGGAGCGCCAUCGUCAUCCUGUCAGGGGAUGGGCUUCUGUUUGAGGUGAUCAAUGGUUUGAUGGAGAGGGAGGACUGGGAUGCAGCGAUCCGCACGCCCCUUGGCAUUCUCCCUGGAGGAUCUGGCAACGCGCUGGCCGCAUCAGUGCACCAUUACACACAAGCUGGCCCUGCACUGGGUGAGGACUUGCUGUUAAGCUGUUGUUUCCUGCUCUGUAAAGGUCUGGUGUCCCCCCUGGACAUCGUCUCCGUGCGUCUCUCCUCCGGACCCCGUCUCUUCUCCUUCCUGUCGCUCGCCUGGGGCUUCGUGGCUGAUGUGGAUAUUGAGAGUGAAAAGUUUCGCCAAGUCGGUGCCAUGCGUUUCCUCGUGGGCACUCUUCUGCGUCUGGCAUCUUUACGCACCUACCAGGGCAGGCUAGCAUUCCUGUCAGCUAGAGACGAUGACUCCAACUCGCCAUCGAUUUCCUCAUCUCAUCCUUGUUCCUCGUUUCGUUCUUCUGUUCAGUGUAAACCACACAUGCAGGGGCAGACCAGCAAUCAACAUGAAUGCACAAGUGAAAGCACACACCAUGAUCAUUUUCUACUCCCCAAAAAUGACAGGCUAGUAGAUGACCUCUUGAAUCCUAUUGGAGAUCCGGUACCAACAGAUUGGACCAUAGAAAAGGAGCAAGAUUUUGUAUUGGUUCUGGCGACCUGUCACUCACACCUGGCAGAGGAGCUGAUGGUGUCACCGGGUGCUCGGCCUGAUGAUGGACACCUUCACCUGCUUUACGUGACAGCAGGAAUAUCGCGGCCAGCCUUGCUUCGGCUCUUCCUGGCCAUGGAGAAAGGAACACACCUGACUUGUGAGUGUCCACAUCUGAGGUACCGGCGUGUUCAAGCACUGAGGCUUGAGCCAAUCACGAAGCCUGGAGUCAUUACUGUGGAUGGGGAGCAGGUGGAGUAUGGGCCAAUUCAAGCUCAGGUACACAAGGGAUACGGCAGGAUCAUAUGCGGAUGACCUCCGCUAAAGAGGCCAUUCUAACUGAUGGUAGCAAUUGGAAUCUCAAGUUGAUCUUGUUUGGUUUAGACACCGUCUUUUUACUUGAUGAUUGAAAAGUGCAACGUGGACUACGCAAGAUUUUGUAAACUCUAAUACAAGUACAUUUUUUAAUACUAAGAACUACUUUAACUUACCAGAAACAUGGGUUUAGUCCCAAAACAGUUCUGUGUAGAACAACCAAAGGUAGACUUUUUCUUAUUGUAAUGAGAAAUUCUGUGUUCUGUCUGAUGUUUGUGCUCAGCAUGUGCUGGCAGAUGUAUGUGUAUGAGUCAGGGAUCUAUAGGAGUACAUUAUGAUACUAGCAAAAGCACAUACUAGCUGGCUUGAACCCACUCAAAUCAGUGCUGCUCACUGGGGGUUUUAACUAUAUUUACCUCUCUCAGUGAAGUGUGAAUAUUGUACCUAGAGCCCUUCUAAAGGAGAACAUGAGAAGGUCAUCGAAACACUGUUCAGGGCUUGCAUGGGGGAGAUGAAAAUGGCAUUGUAUACAGUGGUACUGCCAAGCUUGUUCUUUCUCCAUGUGACUGUAGAUACCACCCUUGUUCCUUGAGUUUAAAUCAAGCCAUAAUAUACACUGACCAGGCAUAACAUUAUGACCACCUGUCUGAUAUUGGGUUUGUUCCCUUUUUUGCUCACCCAUCAUGCACUGUGUAUUCCGACACCUUUCUCUCACACCCAGCAUUAACUUCUUCAGCAAUUUGAGUACAGUAGCUCGUCUGUUGGAUCAGAUCACCUUCAUCAAACUCGCUCAAAUCUUUACACUUGUCCAUUUUUCCUGGUUCUAACACAUCAACUUUGAGGACAAAAUGUUGACUUGCUGCCUAAUAUAUCCCACCCACUAACAGGUGAGGAGAUCAUCAGUAUUGUUCACUUCACCUCUCACUGCUCACAAUGUUAUGCCUAAUCAGUUUAUUCAGAACAUCUGGUCCAGUUCUAUGGGGCACCUAUAAAGGUGCAUUGAAACUAUUCUCGGUAUGAGGUCUGGCUUAAUCCUUUGCAUGAAACUCACCAGCAAUUCUAGAACUGCAGGUGAUAUUCACUUCGUGUUGCUGGUUGUAGAACUCAAGGUGACAAACUAGAGCUCCAGUUGUUGCCCUGGAGUCAGGGUUUCUAGAAGUUGCUCGACUUUAGCUGUUAACUCAUGAUCUAAAACUUUAGCCCACAGUUUUAGAGCUGCAAUUGAUUAUUUCUGACCCAAUACCAGUGGUUUUGUAAUUUAUGCUACCAGACUUAGACCUCCAGUUGAUUACUGCUGACCUGAAGUCUGGAAGUUUAGCUAACAGUUUUAGAACUUCACUUGAUUCGAUUUGACCUAAUACUGUUGACCUGUGGUUCUAGAAAGUAAGCUAGAGGCUAAUAAAUCCAGUUGAUUAUUGCUGAGCUGAUGUCAGUGGUGUUAUCCCUCAACUUGUAGACAUCAGAUAUGAAGUUGGUAGUUCAAGAACAGCUAAUAUUAUCAGAGCUAUACAGCUGAUAAUCACUGAUCUAAAGAUGGUGCAUUAUUAACAGAUGGCUGAUUCUAUGGAUCUAGAUUUCCAGCUGAUAAUUUGGUGAGAUAAUUGCUAAACUGGGUUUAAUGGUUUUAAACCUCCAGUUGGUAUUAGCUGACUUGUAGUUAGUGGUUCUUGGGAUCCAGUUGGUUAUUUUCUGAUGUAAAGUUUUAACAGAUAAUUUGGUGGUCUGAGGUUCCAAAUCUUCAGUCUGAUGUUAUUGUCUGUGAUUCUAGAACUGUAGCUGAUCUAAAGAUGGUGAAUUUUAGCAGGUAACUGAUUCAAAGGGUCUAAAUUUCCAGCAUAUCAUUUGGUGACGUGACUUGGAGAUCAAGUUUUGAUCAUUUCUGACAGUCAGUGUUUUGGGCUUUGGAUUUCUGAUUAUAAGUUUCAAUCCAAGUAACCCCAAGAUGUCCGAUCAGGAGCCUCUGCCAAAUUAUUGAAACGACCCCACUUAUCUUGAGUCUAGCUUUGAUUAGCCUAACUAUGAGGCUAUAUUUCCCUCAGUUCUUUUUCCUGUUCCAUGCUGCAGCACAGGGUGACCCUCACACCUUCUCAUGCCUUUACAGAAGCUUCUAGACUUAUCUUAUAAGCGUUAUGUUUGUUUUUCUAGAUGUUAUUUGUUAUAAAACGUAGAAAAGCAAUAAGAGAGGUAUUCCACACACGAAAAAGCCACUUAUACAAGUAGUACUGUAGUGUAGACCAGUAAACACAACCAUAAUGUCCUUAUUACCAAUAGCAUGUAUUGGUUUGUCAUUUUUUAUGCAGUUAGUAAAAAUAUUAUAUAUUCAUACAGCAAUUACCAAGAAUUAUAAACACGGUUUUUAUAAGGCUUUAACAAAAUUAUUGAAUUUGCAUUGUAGCAGUCUGCUAUUAUAAUACUUUUAAUACUGUACUGUUAUAUAACAAUAGCAAUAUGUAAUACAGUAUAGGGUAUAUUAUUUGUAAUAGUAGUUACAUACUCUAUAAUACUCUUGAGUCGAUGUGUUAUGUAUAUAAUGUGUUUAGUCUGAUGUUAUUGUCAGAUCUAUGUAUAAAAAACAAAUUAAUGAGGAAUAAUAAAUCAGUAGAGUUUAGAAUUCAGUCUCGGACGCAAAGACGUGCUAAUCAGAAUCAGACGUCUGCUUUCAUGUCUGUCAUCAUUCGUUCGACGUGAGCUCAGAAUUGUUAUUAAGGCAACUGAAUAAAACACUCUUUUAUAUUUUUCCAUAUACAAUAUUCUGUUUUUUUUUCUGUCAGACAAUAUAACGCUGAUAUAGACAUAUAGCAUAAUAAAGUACAUGAAUGUC